AUGUCUGCCUCUAAGGAUGUCCAGUUCACUUUGAAAGUUAUGAUAAAUAGAGAUAAAACUAAGGUCCUCUUUGCAGAGGCCGACAGCGAUUUUUUCGACGUUUUGUUGAGCUUCUUGACAUUGCCAUUGGGAAAGAUCGCAAAAAUCAUUGCAGAACACUAUGGAGACGACAAACCCAGAGUUGGGAGCUUGACCUCUUUGUACAAUGGUCUUGUCAAUCUUGAUGUUGUCCAUUUUCAUACAGAGUCAGGUAAACAAAUGCUGCUAAACCCGAGAAGCGUGUUUGAUAAAGAAUGCCGUAAGCUGAAGCUGAAUAUAAGUGAUUCCGAACCCACCAAGUACUUUACAUGCGGACAGUCGUCCAAUGGGAAGCACAAUUUCAGCAUGUACUAUGACACUGUUAGAUGUGAUUGUGGGAAAACUAUGAGCAGAGAAACAAAAUUAAGAUCAUCUGAGGCUGCUGAAGAUGGCGAUGAUGGAGCUUUUUGCAGGAAAGGUGCUUCCUUUAUAAUCGGUGAUGAUAUGCGGGUGGCGCCUAAUGUGGCAGGGUCGGUCUUGAGGACUCUAGCGGAACUUGGUAUUAGGGACAUCAAAGGGGCCGAGAUGAGGAACGUGACGUUCGGAUAUAAUGAGAUUAUAGAUUUGCUGAAAGGCAUGCUUGUUUCACGGACUCCCUUGACCGAUAUCAUAAUCGGCAAAGGUCAAAGCAACUCUGACCUUUUGAAGUUCAAACCUGGAGUUUUCUUACCGAAGACUGAGAAACCAGCUGCUUCCAACUCUGAGAAGAUGAUGAUAAUGAAAGUCAUAAUACAAAAAUCAACGCAUGAGUUACUGUUUGCACUAGCAGAGGAUGAUUUUGUCGAUUUUCUCUUCAGUUUUCUCACGAUCCCACUCGGCGGAGCUUUGUCACUUGUUGGAAGCAGCAGUUGUCCUACAAGUUUAUACAACUUGUACACUAGUGUACAAAAUAUUAAUGGUGAUAAGUACUUGACUAAAGAUACAAAGACCAAAUUACGGAAAACCGAAAUACCCGUAGGCUUUAUAUCCCUUAACCAGCUUUUCCCUCUAACCGAAGGAGGAUUUUCUGAACUUUAUUUUGUUGGAGCCUCUGCACUUCCUGGGCUUAUUGAUUACUUGUCUCCUUCAACUGUGACAUAUAGAACGCCUUUUUUGGGACAUGUGAGAUUUAGAGAGUCCAAUUUGCUUCAUCUCAAGUCUCCAAAAGGCAAUGGGAAUUAUGUAAAGGGGCCAACAAUGUAUAUGGUGACCAAUGAUUUAACCGUCACUCCAUUUUGUGUCGCCUCAAGCCUUUCUAUUUUCGACCGGCUGGGAAUACCGUUGUCUGAUGUCGAUGAAUUGGAGCUUAACAUUGGAUUGGAAGAGGCUCUAAGCAUUUUGAAGGCAUCUCUCGCCUCGACUUCGGCACUGACCAAUGGCCUUUUUGAACCAUCAUUAAGAAAGUGUGUGAAGCAAGAACAGUGA